AUCCAUGUCCAUCUCCACGAACGCUCUCUCUCUCUCUCUCUCCGGUGCCCUUUCCCGACUGCCGGAGCUCGCCGGAGUUUUCCUCCGAUCAUCGAGGCCGCCGAGAUCGUCAUCUCCAGGUUCCACUUCCAUGGAUGACUUGCCUGGCCUCCUCGCCCGUGAUUUUGGACUCCGUCCAAAGGGAAAGUCUGCACCGAUGGCCCCGCCGGCAGGAUCCAGCCGAUCCCGCUCUGGAUCCACCUCAGAAGGCGUCUUCGGAGGCCCUCCUCGCUUCUCUCAGUCCCGAUCUCCUCAAUCAUCCGACUCCUCGAAGGCCUCGUCUUUGCCUGUCUAUGAUAAGCCUGUUUACGAUGACGAUAUCUUUGAUGGGAUCCCUGGAAUGAAGAGCUCGACCUCGGCGAAGUACGAUGAUGUGUUUGCUUCGAAUGGGUCGGCUGGGUUUGAGGCGCUGAUUCCGGGAUUUGGAAGGAGUAGUACACUACAACGGAGUAAGCUGCCAGAGUCUAACUAUCAGCGAACAUCAGUUCCAAGCUCCAAAUCAACUUCAAAUGCGACUGGCGAUCCUUUUGUAGUCUUAGAAACAUCUACAUCAGCAAAUUCAACCUCUGGGUUAUUUACUGACCCUUUGGAGCAGAUUAGCAGUCCUAUGCGCUCUGGAAGCACAAAGAUCAAUGCUUCUCCUGCCAGUGGAGGGUUAUUUGAUGAUGUUGAUGCUUUUGGCGUCUUCAAGAAUUCAACUCCAUCAUUUACAUCAGUAAAGAAAGAAAAUGGGAAAGCUGACAGUCAUCUAAAUACUGUUCAGAAUAUGGCCCAUCUAGAUCCUUUUGCUGAUUUAGAACAACAUACUAAACCUUCAUCCAAGAUAUUUAAGAAUGCUGUACCUAAAAUGCGUUCCACUGAUGGUAAUCUAGAGAAAAAUCACAUGGUUUUUGAAAAGCCUAGCAAAACUCCUAAUUCUUUUGAAGACAUUGGCAGAAGUCGUUCCUCAAGUUCAGAGGGCAAUGUAAAACAUUGUGAAAGAAAUGUGACCGCUGGUCUAUCUCAUAAGUUGAAUCAACAUUUGGAAGCGGCAGAUGAUGUGUGGCUCAAUGUUUCUGAAAUCCCUCUCUUCACCCAACUUACAAGUGCCCCUUCACCAUCAAGACCGCCACCUCCACUGGAUCUUAAACACACAUCUACAGGAAAAGCAAGUCAAAAUGCAUCCCUUGGUAUAAAUUCUCAAGGAAAACAUAACAGAUCAUUUGAUCAAUCCAGUCAAAGUUAUGAAAAUUCUAUGCGGAAUUCAGGUGCAUCACCUAUAGAGGAACUUGAAACUUUUGCUAUGGGCAGGCUUCAAGCCUUUGCUAAUGGUCAUGCGAAAUUUAUUUACAAUGAAGACAAUUUUGAAAGAAAGUCAGCUGCAGAAGCAUCUGCUGCUGCUAUGAAGGAGGCCAUGGAUAAAGCUGAGGCCAAAUUCAAACACGGAAAAGGGGCAAGGGAAAAGGAAUGCGAUGCAAGACCGGCUAAAAGCAGAGAGACCACAGAUCAAGAAAGGCAUGGCAAAACAAUACCUGAUCCAUUGGAUUUUGGAUAUCAUGAAAAAGAACAGAGAGAAAGAGAAGAGAAAGAGAAGAAAGAAAAGAGACUUGAAAAGGAGAAGGAACUAGAGCAUGGAUGGGACAGGGAGAGACAAGUGGUGGAGAGGGCCAGAAGAGAGGCACAAGGAAGAGCAGCUUCUGAAGCUCAUUUAAAAUUUGAGAGAGCUGCAUUUCAGAAGGCGGCAACUGAAGCACGCAGGAGGGCUGAAAGAGCUGCAGUUGACAGAACUGCUGCUCAAUCUCAAGAGAGGACUGCCGCCCAAUCUCAAGAAAAGCAGCACAAAAAUGAGAAUGAUCUUGAGUCGUUCUUUGGUAUGGGUGCUCGAGCUAACAGUGCACCUAAACAAAGAGCUACAACCUCAGAAAAUUUCUUCGAUGCACGAGUACAAAGCAAGGAGGCUUCUGAUACAACUCGGAGAUCAUCUACUUCUUCAUCCACCAUUCGAAAGGCAUCAUCAGUGACAAAUAUUGUAGAUGACCUGACUUCUAUCUUUGGAGGUUCUCCAUCUUCUGGAGAAUAUCAAGAAGUAGAGGGAGAGAGUGAAGAAAGAAGAAGGGCCAGGUUUGAACGUCAUCAAAGGACACUGGAUCGCACGGCAAAAGCUCUUGCUGAGAAGAAUGAACGUGAUAUGCAAACUAGAAUGGAACAGGAAGAAAGACAUAGAAUUGCUGAAACUCUGGAUAUUGAAAUAAAGAGAUGGGCAGCUGGGAAAGAAGGCAACCUGCGUGCCUUACUCUCAACAUUGCAAUAUGUGCUUUGGCCUGAAUGCGGUUGGCAGCCUGCUUCUUUGACAGAUUUGAUUACAUCUGUCUCUGUAAAAAAGGUAUACAGGAGAGCAACCCUGUGUGUCCAUCCUGAUAAGGUACAACAAAAGGGUGCAAAUCUUCAACAGAAAUACAUCGCGGAGAAGGUGUUUGAUAUCCUUAAGGAAGCUUGGAACAAAUUCAAUGCCGAAGAGCUCUUCUAAGAGGUAUCGAUAAACAUAAUUGCACACACUAGCAUAGAAACAAGAGAAACAAAAACAAUUCGAACACGUACGCCUUCUCGAUCUUGUUUUUCUUCUUCCUAUUUUUAUGUAUGUUGUUGAUCAUUCAAGGUCAGUAGUUCUCACAUAGAAAGAG